AUGUUCAGACAGCUCACCAACUUGGCUACCAAGAGAGCCUUUUCCUCUACGAUAAUGAGACAAUCCGGUGCUCAUUUCAAAGAAGGUCUUUACACGAACAUUCCAGUCAAGGUCAAGAACAGAAAGAUCCCAUUUGCGAUUAUUCAUUUCGGAUGGUUUACUUUGGGAUUUUUGGUACCUUUCAUCUCGUCCUACGUCCAAUUGAAAAAAUCCGGUGUGUUGUAG